AUGUUAGGAGGCAACAAUGGUAACGCCAUGCUUCCUGUUUUCCUGGAUGAAAAUCACUUCCCAUAUCCGACAAAUGCUUCAAGUCAGCUGCAGUUGUUUGGAAGUGUACCAGCUGGAUGUAAUGUUGAUCCAGUAAAUUAUUUUGGAACUGAGCACAUCACUCCCAUGCUUCGGCCUAAUAAACGAAGCAGGGAAAUAGAAGAUAUCUCACGACAGCAGAAGCUUCAGAUUUCUUUGAACUAUAAUGUCUGUCAAGAUGAAGCUGAUCGCUCGGCUAGCAUUCCAAACCCAAACCCUGUAUCAACUGGGUUAAGGCUAUCAUAUGAUGACGAUGAGCGCAACUCAACAGUUACUUCUGCAAGUGGAAGUAUGACAGCAGCACCUUCAAUGAUCCUAUCCUUAGGUGACAAUAUCAGAACUGAGCUGGAUCGGCAGAAGGAAGAGUUUGAUCAGUACAUCAAAAUUCAGGAGGAACACUUGGCAAAGGGGGUAAGGGACAUGAAGCAGAGACAUAUGGCUUCUUUCCUUGCUGCUAUAGAGAAAGGUGUCAGCAAAAAGAUACGUGAGAAAGACUUGGAAAUUGAGAACAUGAACCGUAAGAACCGAGAACUGGUUGAUAGAAUUAAACAGGUAGCUGUGGAAGCCCAAAACUGGCACUACAGAGCAAAGUACAAUGAGUCAGUUGUUAAUGUCCUGAAGAGCAACCUCCAGCAAGCAAUUUCACAGGGUGCUGACCAAGGGAAGGAGGGAUUUGGCGACAGUGAAGUUGAUGAUGCGGCCUCAUACAUUGAUCCAAAUAACUACCUGAGCGUUCCAGUCGGGCCUGUGAAAUCUGUAUCCAAGAAUUACCUAGGCUUGAAGGAGCAAAUGGCUUCCAGAGCAUGCAAGGCAUGCAAAGCUAAGGAGGUCUCCAUCUUGUUGAUGCCUUGUAGGCACCUGUGUUUAUGUAAGGACUGUGAUGGUUUUGUGAGUGUGUGCCCUGUAUGCGAGUCAAUGAAAACUGCCAGUUUCCAAGUGUACUUGUCCUAA